GAACCGAGUCACACCGGCGUGCGCUCGAGGCCUAAAAUCCAAAGGUAUUAUAGUACCGACCGUGUUCGUUACCUUGAAGGUAUUCAAGCAAUCGAGCAACGACUUAGUGAGAAGUGAGUGAACAGCUGACUGCCGGCUGCCGAAUUGUGUGUGAUUGGAGAUUUGAUGACAGCGAAAUUGAGUGAACUAUGUGCCAGCCCAGCUAGCGCCCAACGACAUCCCACACAAGUGAUGCACAGCGACUUGAGCCCCCUCUAGCGCACCAGUACCCCCUUCAAGAUGUCCGUGGAGACCCAGGAGUACAUCAACGGCAUGAGGGAAGGCCCCCUGACCAGAGAGAUCCCAGAAUGCAUGCGAAACAAAUAUACUAUAGUGCAGACCGUUUUUGAUAUUAUAUGGUUCCUUCUCCUCGCCGCCGGACAUAUCAUCCUAGGGAUAUACAGAUAUAUUGUCGGAUAUCCUAAGAAGGACUUGAAGGGGGGAAUAGCGGUGGUCACGGGCGGAGGCGGAGGCCUAGGCAGUCUCAUAGCGCUGCGCCUCGCUAGAUUGGGAUGCAAAGUCGUGUUAUGGGAUAUUAACAAACAAGGACUGGAUGACUCGGAAAAACUAGUGAAGGGUAUUGGAGGGGACUGCUACUCUUACGUGGUGGAUCUAACUGACAAGGAAGACAUUUACCGCGUUGCCAAAAAAGUUCACGAGGAAGUCGGCAGGGUGAGUCUGUUGAUAAACAACGCUGGCGUGGUGUCGGGCCAGUACCUCCUCGACACGCCGGACCAUCUCAUACAGAGGACGUUUGACGUCAACGUUUUGGCGCAUAUAUGGACGGUAAAAGCCUUCCUGCCCAAGAUGAUAGAACACAACGACGGCCACAUAGUGACCAUAGCGUCCAUGGCCGGCCACGUGGGCGUGGCCAAGCUGGUGGACUACUGCGCGUCCAAGUCUGCGGCCUGCGGCUUCGACGAGGCCCUGAGAUUAGAGCUGGAGGUGCGGGGCGCGAAGGGGGUGACCACGUCGCUCAUCUGCCCGUACUUUAUCCGGUCUACGGGCAUGUUCGAACAGGUUAAUUCGAGGUUUGUGCCUCAGCUGAACGCGAACGAGGUGGCGGACCGAGUGGUGCUCGCCAUCCGCACCAACGAGGCCAUGGCCGUCAUGCCAGGCUACUUCAGUUUACUGCUGCCUUUCAAAUGGCUCGUCCCCUGGCCAUGCCUGUCGGAGUUCCUGCGGCGCCUGGUGCCGGACGCGGUGCCGACCACGCCGGGCGCGGGCGCGCACGCGGCGCCGCCGGCCCGGCCCGCGCCGCCGCCCGCCCGGCCCGCGCCGCCGCCCGCCAAGCCCGACGCGCGCCCCAUGACGCUGGCGCCGCCGCGCCGCCACGACAGGCACGUCUGA